AAUAAACAGCGUGGAGAUUUGAUUUUUCUCAGUGAAGCAGGCAAGGCAGGCAGAGCACUGCAGUUUUUUUUGGAGUGGAGGUGUUCUGUCGUGCUCUCGUUCCUGUGAGAGAUGAGGGAACUUCCACUGCUACUCGGUUUCCUGUGCUUGUGCUGGAGGACAGAGGCACAGGACAAGAUGUACCUCAUCACGGCACCUAAAGUCCUGCGACUGGAUGCAAGCGAGACGGUGGUUGUUCAGCUCUUUGGCUACAACGAGGAGUCCACUUUCAUUGUGUCACUGAAGAGCUACCCAGACAAGCGGCAGACAUUUGCCACUCAGUCUGUGACGCUCUCCUCUGCAAAUCGCUUCCAAGAUGUGGCCACUCUUAGGCUGUUGCCCAAAGAUUUCCCGAAGGAGGCUUCCUAUGUAUACCUGGAGGCGAUGUCCACCAACUUCACUAGGGAGGAGAAAGUGGAGGUCACUCGUGAGAACGGCUUCUUCUUCAUCCAGACAGACAAGCCGUUGUACAACCCCGAACAGUCAGUGAAGGUGCGAGUAUUUUCCCUCGAUGAAGAGCUGAGGCCAGCACUCAGACCUGUUACGCUCACCUUCGUAGAUCCAGAUGCUGUAAAGAUGGAUAUUGUGGAGCUAAGAGAUGUCAGUGGGGUUCUCUCAAUGCAGACGCCUUUUAAAAUCCCCCUUAAGCCAAAGUGUGGUGUCUGGAGAAUUGAGGCCACCUACACUGAUGACUUCAGCACUCAAGCAACAGCUGAAUUUGAAGUCAAGGAAUACGUUUUACCCAGCAUAUCCGUCCAAAUCCAGCCGGAGGCCAGCUACAUCAGUUCUGUCACCUUUCACUCAUUCAAGCUUACGGUGACAGCCAGGUACGUCCAUGGGUCUCCAGUUUCCUCUGCGCAGGUGUUCCUGAGAUUUGGUUAUACCGAGGGCAGCCAGACCACCAUAAUUCCAAACACAGUAACAAAACAAGAGCUGAUUGAUGGAUUCCUAGAAGUUUCCAUCAACGUGGAAGAGGCCCUGAAACUGCUGGAAGACAGUGGGCCCAGAACCCUGCAGGACAUGGAUGGGAAGUUCUUGUACGUUGCUGUAUCCCUGCGUGAAACUGACGGGGGUAUUUCUCAAGAGGCAGAGCUCGCUACAGUAAAAUUUCUCCAGUCACCAUUUACGAUGGCACUGGUUGCCACUCCGCCAUUUAUCAAGCCUGGACUGCCAUACUCUCUCAGGGUUUUAGUGAAGGACCCUCUAGGGCAGCCUGUGGGUCAGGUGCCAGUGAAGGUGCGUGCAACUAUGACCAACAAUAACGGAGAGGAGUCACUGCUGGAUUACUCUGGAACAACAGAGGGUUACGCUCAGACCAGCCGUAACGACGGCACAGCAAUCUUCAUCUACAACAUGCCCUCCGACUCUAAGGCUGCUGUUUUUACUCUGGAGACGGCAGAUAAGAGCCUGUCUCCUAGUAACCAGGCCAUGCUAAGGCAUGAAACUACUGCCUACUACUCCAUCGACAAGCGUUAUCUGUACAUAGACUGGGCUUCCCACUAUCAAGAGCUAAAUGCGGGUGAAUAUCUCACCAUCAGUGUCUACUUCCAGCACUACAGCAAUAUUUCUCUCCAAACAUUCAGUUAUCAGGUCAUUUCUAAGGGGAAAAUUGUAAAGUUUGACACGGUCAACCGUUAUGGAAGAUCCAAUUACCAGGCCAUCAACUUUCAGGUGACACCUGACAUGGUGCCAUCUGCCCGUCUGCUGGUCUAUUACAUAAUGACUGGGGAGAACAUAACUGAGUUAGUGGCGGACUCGGUAUGGAUUAAUGUUAAAGGGAAAUGUGUCAAUGAUCUCCAGAUGAGGCUUUCUGCACCUACAAAGGAAUACAGUCCUAAGGACAACUUGGCACUGACGGUGAAGGCCAAGCAUAACUCCCUUGUGGCCCUUUCCUCAAUCGACACUGCUAUUUACAAUCUCAAAGCUUUCAGAAAAGACCCAAUGACCAGAGUGCUGCGCCACAUUGAGCAGAGUGACCACGGCUGUGGGGGAGGUGGGGGAAAAGACAACGCUGAUGUUUUCCGUCUUGCUGGUCUCACCUUCAUGACCAAUGCCAAUGCUAAAGCUGCGCAGCUUGAAGAUGAAACGUGUUCAGCAAUUACUCGUCCAAAGCGACAAGCAGGCCUUACGCCCCAGAUGCAAAAAAAAGUCAGGUCAUAUAAGCACCUUAAAAAUUGCUGCCUGGCGGGGAUAAAGACUAUUCCAACUCUGGAUACAUGUUCUGCACGUGCAAGACGCCUCUCCAAUUCAGAGGAGUGCAAGAAGGCCUUUAGAGAGUGUUGCGAGUUUCGCCUGAAGCUAGAACACCAGAACAAAAACGAACUUCAACUGGCACGUAUGGAGAUUGAAUUGGAGUUUGGACUGGAAGCUCCACGUGUGCGCAGUUACUUCCCAGAGAGCUGGCUCUGGGAGACUCACCGCAUCUCAGAUAGGUCAGGGCUGUUUUCCUUGUCCAAACCUUUACCAGACUCACUCACCACGUGGGAAAUAAAAGCUGUGGGGAUGUUCAGUGAGGGAAUAUGUGUGGCAGAUGCCCUAAGGGUCCAAGUAACCCAGAAAGUGAGCUUGGAUGUGCCCCUACCCUACUCUAUGGUCCGUGGGGAGCAAGUGGAGCUCCGUGGUUCCGUCUACAGCCAGUAUUUCACAGGCUCCUGGUUUUGUGUGACACUUACUGUGCCCAAAGGGGUGUGCCUACUUCAGGGCAGGCAAACUGAAGAUGGGCAAGCGCAAAGUACGCCUUGUAUCAAAACUUCUUUGAAGGAGGAAUUGGUGAAUUUGGUUUCUUUCACACUCAUGGCUUUGGAAGCUGGCUCACACACACUUCGGUUCACUCUAAAAUCACCUCUUGGCUCGGAGACCCUCAUCAAGACCCUUCGUGUGGUGCCAGAGGGCAUCAGGACAGAAUUGAACACUGGAGGCACUUUGGAUCCCCAGGGUGUCUAUGGAAACCUGAGAAUGAGCCUAGAAUUCAACAACAGCAUUCCUCUAAAUUUGGUACCCAAGUCUAAUGUGGAGCGUCUCCUCACUGUCAGUGGUGAGCUGCUGGGAGACAUCAUGUUUAUUAUGACUGACCCCAAAGGGCUGUACCAGUUGACUAAUUUACCACGUGGUUCUGCUGAAGUAGAAAUUAUGGGCAUCCUCCCCAUCUACUAUGUCUUCCACUACCUGGAAGAGACAGAGAGGUGGGACCUGCUGGGCGAUGAUACCACCAGCCACAGAGUAGCGCUCAAGAGAAAGCUGAAGGAAGGGAUCACCAGUGUGAUGUCAUUCAGAAAAAAACUUGAGUAUGGUUACAGCAUGUGGAAGGACAGAGAGGCCAGCACAUGGCUGACAGCUCUCGUAGUGAAGACUUUUGGACAAGUGGACAAGUAUGUAACAGUGGACAGAAGGUCUUUGUGCAACUCGCUCUUCUGGCUGCAGUCUAGUCGUCAGAAUGCGGACGGCUCAUUCAAGGAGCUCGCUGACUACAAGCCAUUGAAACUCAUGGGUGCUGGAGCAAACGUGAAGGAGCAGGCAGCCUAUCUCACAUCCUUUGUAAUAAUUGGCAUCAAGAAUGCCAUGGCAGUCCCAGAGUGCUCCCUGGAGGAAUUUAACAAAUUACUUAAAAAUGCAGAGAGGUUCUUGUUCGACAACAUCAAGUCCCUGAAGAACAUGUAUGUGCGAGCAAUUACUGCUUAUUCCCUGGCGUUAUUGGAUAAAAGCAGCAUACCAGCUCGGGAACUAUAUGAAACACUUCAGAAUUAUGCACAAGUGAAAGGAAAUCCACCCGUGGUCCGGUUCUGGCAGGAGCAGUCCACAUCUCCGAAUCCAUCAGCACCUAAUAAGGCAUCAGCACAGAGCGUGGAGACUACAGUGUAUGUCCUGCUCAUGGCAUUGCUGUAUGGGGACAGUGAAUAUGCAGCCCCCAUCAUCAGAUGGCUCUCACAAGACCAGCGCUAUGGAGGAGGAUUUCAGUCAACGCAGGACACGGUUCUCACUCUGGAAGCCCUAACCAAAUACAGUACGUUGGUCAAACAUGCCAAGCUUGACAUGGAGAUCCGUGCCUCCUACAGAAACAAAGGAGAACUAGAAAUAAUAAAGCUCUCCCAGAGGAAACCGGUGGGCAAAGCAAUCCAGGUCAACAAGGAUGAUGACGUUGUCCUGAUCACAGGCAGUAGUACCGGGGUAUCAGUUGCCAAUAUGAAAACUGUGUACUAUACCACAACACAGAGUAAUGACAACUGCCACUUCCACCUGACCAUUGAGGUUCAUCCACCUGUUCCGAGUUCCUCAGAUCCCAUGCUUCUGGCCCCCCGACUUGUUGCCUGUGCUAAGUACAAUCCUCGAGACAAUGAGGUGUAUACAGAGUCAGCACAUACAGUCAUGGAGAUCCAUCUGCCCACAGGCAUGCAGCCUUUCCAGGAGGACCUCGAAAUGAUGCAGAAUGGACUAGAAUCUGUAGUCUCUCACUAUGAGAUUAAAGAAGACCAGGUCAUUCUCCAGCUGGACACUAUUCCCUCAGAUACAUUCCUGUGUGUGGGCUUUCGGAUGCAGGAGCUCUUCCGUACUGGCAUGGUCAGCUCCUCCCUUUUCAAGGUGUAUGAGUACCGUGACCCAGAUAGCCAGUGCUCCAAGCUUUACCAUGCACACGAGGAACGCAAGUUGCUGCAGCUGUGUGAGGGUGAUCAGUGUCAGUGUAUGACAGCCUCGUGCAGUUUUGUAACUGAGAUGGAUCUCUCCAUCACGGCCCAGAAGCGUUUAGAUACAGCUUGCCAGGAUAAAAUAAGAUAUGCAUUUAAAGUACAGAUUGAAUAUUCAAAGGGAGAAGGAGAUUUUGUGAAUUAUGUUGCCAAAAUAGAAGAUGUAUUUAAAAAGGGUACUGAAAAUGUUCAGAGAAACACGGAGGUGACUUUUGUAAAGAAGGCAACAUGUACAGAUGUCAAGCUGCAGGAUGGAGCGCACUAUCUGAUCAUGGGAGCAGAGGGCAUGCAGAUACUACACAACAGGAGAUACAAGUAUAAAUUCCCCCUGGACUCAGAGGCCUGGGUGGAGAAAUGGCCCACAGCAAGUGACUGCAAAGGGAAACCCUGCUCUGACUUCUUAAAUAUCAUGGAGGACUUUGCAGAGGAUUUCUUACUAAUGGGUUGCCCUUAAUUUGGAUUCUGUAAUGUACACUCUUCAUUUAGAGUCAUUUUUCUGCCCAGUUCCUCCUGCAGUUGUGCCAUAAUACAAAUAUGCUACAUUGUCUGUGCAUGUGUAAAUAUAGGUAAUGCAUACAUUUGUCUAGAAGAAAUAAAAUGAGUACAAAAA